UAUGCUCAUGUAGGUAUUUACUUUAUUUUGGUCCAUACUUAAUGUACGUCAAUACAUUUAAAUUAAAAUUACACUUAGGACUUACCACAUAAAAGAACUCGCUUCCACAAGGAGUUGAACAAAAGUAAGUAAAAAAAUAAAGCAGAUUUUAAUCUUUAAAUAUUAUGUUAUUUUUAUAAAUUAGUCAUAAUUUAUAUAAAGUAUGUUUAGUUAUUAAUCCAUUAAUUCUAAAACAAUAAAUAUUUAUUUAUUUAUUUUUUAUAUAGGUUGUCAUAUGAAAAUUAAAAGUAGGUAGUGAUUUUACCCCCAAAAAUAAGGAUGAACAAAAAUAACAUAAAUAUAAAAUCGUAGAGCAGCUUGUUUCUUAAAUGUCUUAGAAAAUAAAUUCCAAAAAAGUUAAUACUUUCCGAGAUAAUCAGUGUGCCCACUUAAAUAGAUCACCCGGUAUUCGUUAAUUAUGUUAUCACACUCUAAACUUUUUGUGAUGUCUGAUUCAUUAUUUAAUAUAGCGAUACAGUCAUUCUCGACCGCAAAUAACUUUUAAUUCGUUUUAGUGUACAAAAUUAUCGCUUUGAAGAGCAGUUUGAUACGGAACAACAUACCGGGUGGUCCAUUGAAGUGGGUACACUCAUUAUCUCGGAAAGGAUCGCAUUUUUUCGAAAUUCGUUUUCUAAAACAAUUAAGAAACAAGCUUUCCUAAAAUUUUAUAUCUAUGUUAUUUUUUGUCACCUUUAUUUUUGGGGGAUAAAACUACUACUUAAUUUUGAUUUUAAAAUGGCACCUAUAUUAAACAUUCAAUUAAUUGAUGGAGUAUUAUUUAAAAUAAAUUUUGGUGUUGACAUUUUUCAUUUCCGUCGUUCCGUUGACGAGAUAUUCCAUUUUUAAGUUUAAGUUGGAGGAGAGUAGUGGAGUAUCAUUUAUGUGGCAGUAUGGUGCACAGCGUGUUAACAAUGCACCGAAAUAAUGAUCGUACCCAUUUAAAUGAAUCACUUGGUAGAUACAAUCUUAAAGAAAUAUUUACAUAUGGGUAUGUGUCUUCAAAUCCUUAAUUUUUAAGUGUUAGACACAUAUCUAUAAUUGAUUUUGGUAAUAAUUGUUCCUUAGGUAAAGUAAAUGGUUUCGAAAGUGUAUACAUUCGUUUGGAAAUGCUAAAUUCAGAUCCGUUGAAUAGUAUUUUUUUUAACCGUUCAGCUUUUUCUCUAACUUCAUUAAUGCUUAAUUCGGUUAAAUUAAAAAAGAAUGAACGAUUUUCAUUUACCAGGUCAUACUAUGCAAUUUUUAUUUUUCUCAACUCAGUAAGUAAGAAGUCAAUGAUUACAAUAUAAGUGUUAACUGUAUAAACUAAAAUACUGUGAAAAAAACUGAUUUCUGAAUUAAUUUCCUGUAGAGUAUGCUCCUUUAUAUGGUAACUAGUAGUUUUAUUAUCUAUAAAUCUUGUCUAUACUCUAUAGCUGUGGUGCCAUGUAUUAAAAUCUUAGAGAGUAAAUCUAUUGUAUCUGUUAAAAAAUCUAAAAAAAUGGGAAAAUAUAAGAGAUUUAGAUAUUAGUUAAAAUAUAUUACGGCCAUCUUUUUUUCUGUGCACAACUUUUCUACCAGCAAUUUUGCUUCAACUUAUAAUAAUAGUAAUGUUUCUAAAAGGAAAUUUCACUAACGAGAUACUUAAAAUAGGUCAUUUUUGGAUUUUCCAAAGAGUUUUACUAAAAAAUGUGAAAAAUCGAGAAAAACGUAAAGCAACUCGGGAAAUCGGUAUAACAUUAAACAAAUAUUAUUAAAAAAAUAAAUAGUCUAUUUAAUUAUGUAACUAUAAAAUGACAUAUAUAUGUUGUUGAUAAAGCAUCACUGUCAACUGAACUCCGCUCAGAAUCGUUUUUUCAUAAGUAAUGGUUUAGCGUUGCUUAUAGGUAUACAUUAAUAUAUCUGUAACAGUGGCUAUUCCAUUUUCCUAGAACGUCUUUUAUUUUUUACCACUAAUUACAACUUAUGACAAACCUUGUGUUAAAUUUUCGAGCAUUUAUGCUAGGUAAAAAUAGUUUUAUCCACAUACAAUACCGAAUAAAAACUAGGAAGCUAGAAAAUUUCAAAUGGCUAUGAAUUGCUAAAAAUAUGUAUCUUAUCUGAAAAUUGUUAAUAUCAGCACGAGUUCUAAAAUAAGUGUUCGGUGAAAUUUCAGGUGUUUACAAUUAUUUUUACUUGAACAGCAAAAUAAAUAAUAAAACAAUAAAACAAAAACAAAAACCAAAUUAUUAAAAUGGUUAAUAUUCGUAAAUAAAUAUAUAAAUAAAAAAUGUAUUAAUAAAAAUAAAAUAAAUAAAUAAAUGAAUGAAUGCGUCACCUGAAGUAUUAUGAUAAGUGUAUUAUACGACCGGUUUUGAAUUAAAAAUUCAUUAUCAAGUAUAUCACAGUCAAAAUGUAAAACGCGACUGAAUAAAAAAAAAUUAAAUUAAGGAACAUAUAGAAAAAAAAAAACGGUCGUAUAAUAUACUUAUCAUAAUAUUCCAGGCGACUCAUUUAAUGAUUUAUUUAUUUUAUUUUUAUACAUACAUUUUUUAUUUAUAUAUUUAUUUACUAUAUAGAAAAAUAAAAUCGAAUAUAAUAGGAAUUGUCAUUGUGUUCCGGUUUUUCCGACAUUUGUUUAGAUUUUUCUUUUUGACCACUAUUAAAACAAUUACAAGAAAACUCAAAAAACCGUUUCUUCAGUGCACAAAAUGAACACUAUUUCCUACCAGAAAUCGCGUUUAAUGUUGAUGAUCAAAGCAUGAUUUCUGAUCGAAAAGUGGUUUACAAAUAGAACAAUUUGGUUAAAGGAGAUAUGGAUGAGAAAAGCUCCCAUGGGUUAAGUUGAGUCCAAUAAUUGCAAAAGACGAUCAUUUUUUUACAAUUCAAACCCUGGCUACACUCAUACUGAGAAUCUAAAACAUAAACUUAUAUCCUUUAAUUAAAUUGUCGAAUAAUUUAAUUGCUGAGUUUUCGUUAGAUUUUCACUUAUUUUCUGCAGCUCAUUAUAUAGCUCUGUCUAUUAUAUUUUUUACUCUUUUUUUUUUUUUUUUAUAAAUAUAAUUAUAUCCUAUAAUACAAUAUCUUAAUUUCAGUUUAAUUUAUAUAAUCAAUCACGGGUAUUCAGCUUAAAAUAUACGAAAUUAAAAUAAUGAGGUAGCUAAUGGCUACAAAGAAAAAUCACAAUACACGGACUAUAAUUAUUAUAAUUGGAUAACUUAUUGGACGAUAAUAUAAUUAGUUUCGAUUUUUACGCUAAACGAAUUUUCGAUAGUUAUUUAUACCCACACACAGCGACGGUAGAAAAUAAAAUAUUGCUUUCAUUUCAAUCAUUUUCAGUAUAAAUAAAAAUAAUUUUCACGUUGCAAUAAACAUAAACUAUACGUAUUAAAAUAGGUAUUUAUGGAAUUACGUACGUUUUUGAAAGUUGUAUGUUUCGACCGGCGUUUACAGAAUUAUUAAAAGGUGAUUAAAUAUUUCUCGAUUGUGUGUACAGAGUGAUCAACAUAACGUAAGACACUAAUUAUGUAUAACAUAUUAGCUUUUUUCGGAAUUCGUUUUUAGUUAUUUUUAUAAAUUAAUAGGCAGUUCUAAAAAUAUUGCAUUAUGGUUGUUUUUUAUAACCCUUAUUUUAAAGAUGUGGAAACUAUUACCUAAUUUUGAUUUUCAUAUAGAAACCUAUGGGUAUUGAAAAUUUCAUAAAUAGAUAAGUUCAUCAGAUAAUUAGUCCAUGGGUUGAUAACUUUGCCUGCGAGCGUUACUUCUGCUAGAGAGAAUUUUUUCAACUCUUAGGAGAGCGAAAACGUGGUUUCGUUCAAGGUUAUCAAAAUAUAGGUGGUCGAAUUAGUGUUUUUGCUAAACGGAUAUCAAGGCAUUGAUAUUUUUACUGAAAUUGAUAGCAUUUUAGAUGUUUUUGCAAAAACCAAAACCAGAAGAAUCGAAAUUAUAGUGUUAAUAUGUUGUUUUUUUCUUUAAGUUCCCUCUUCAAAUUAGUUGCUGGAGCCACACCUGUCCUUAGCCUCGUAUCGUGUACUAUUUGCCCCACAAUUUGUAAUCGUCAGGAGACAGUGUCUUAUAAAAUACUUAUGAAUCAACCGUUGUUGCUAAGGGAACACCCACACCAGGAAACGCAAUAAAACGACAAUUAAUUUAUAUAGCGUUAUGGAAAACGAAUUAUAUCUAAAAAAAAAAAAAAAUUAAUUUAAUUGUUUUAAAUUUUUACGAAAGAUAAAAACGUGUAUAAUUCGUUCAGGGUAACUGAUCACUAUUUACUAGUGUACUGCAAUCAUCACACGAUAUUGAGUUCCAUUAAAUUUCGGAAUGUGUGAAAAUUACGGAAAUGAAGCUCGCGUUGUUUUCACGAAACGUGUAUACCCGUAACAUAUUUCCGAUAAACCGUCUGUUGUUUUGCGGAAAACGUGUAGAUUAUAAACGACAUUAUUGAAUACACAAUUAUAUUACUAUAAUAUUACAAUCCCUGUAUAUGGAUUUGAAAAAGAAACUUUUAAUGGUUUUUUAAACGACCUUGUUUACGUAGUGGUCAACCGAUAAAAUGAUAACGUUAAGGUUCGCGGCCCGGGAUCGAAUGACUUCGUUAUCUGAUGUAAAUUAUUCGUAUUAGACAGAAACAGCGACUGUGAGCUUUGUUAGUAAAAUUGAAUGUAACAUUUAUUAUACGCACGGGUUUUCAAGGUUGCUUAUAAGAAGCCGGGAAAACCACAAUAAUAACCGUCCUAAUUUUAUUUAUUCGCGAAUGCAAACGCGGCGAUUACGGUCAAAUGAAACAACAAAAGAAAAUGCGAAAAUGUAUUAAAAAUAAAUUCGGGUGACGUAGAAAUGCGGAAACGAGCUGUUGCGUCCGGCGGGGGCACGGUGGUGGCGGCGGCGGUGGUGGCGGUGGUGGUGGUAGUUUAAACGGGCAAUAAACAUCGUCGGACAUCCAUAUCAAAUCAUUUUACUGAUAACAUACACAGUAAGUAUAUACAUGUUUUCGAGGUCACGAAAGAGCAAUAGACCGUUGCACGCGCAAGUACACCUAUAAUUAAUAUCACACAUUGUUACGUUUAAUACACGAUAUUUGGUUGGUAUAGUAUUUUUAUUGUUUUUCGUCUUUCGCAAGAUAAUAAACCGCCCCUCCUCCCGCAGGGUCGAUCGAACCUUAUAUUAUAUUUCGACCGCACGAUAAUAGAUAAAACACAGAACACACAAAUAUAUAUAUAUAUAUAAAGUACGUAUAAAUAGAAUAUAGAUAGGUAUAGUAAUUGAUUUGCCAUAAUAUAGAUACACACUGUUGUACUACCCACUGUGCCGUGGUAUACUGCAUGUUGGUACUGCAAUUUUAGAGGGCGUGAAUACAUCGCUGGGGAGGCGCGAGCAGUCAUAAAUUUUAAUUUUUACAUUUUUUCAAAUUCAAACCAUAAAAAAAAGUAAAAUUUUUGUAUUUAUUAAAUUACUUCUUUUUUUUUUUUUACAGUGUAGGAGGAAAAUAAAUAAUAACCGAUUAUCGGGAAAGUUUGUUCGCUUAUCAGUCUUUAUACGAAUAUUAUAUUAUAAUUUUAAUUUUUUUAUCGAUUAUUUUGAAAAUAAAAGAAGUUGGGAACCGUUGCAUUAUACGGAUUGGUAAUUAGGUAUAAACCUAUUUUUAAUUCGUAUUUAUGAUUUAAUAAAAAAAAUAGCCAUUUUGCGUCUUGGAGAUGUAAUUAAGCAUUUGUGUAGUAGAUUUUAUUUGAAAUUUAUAUGAAACAAUAAUAGUUUCAGAAGUAGCAGGCGAUUUGGGCAAUUUUAACGAAAUCUUAUUUAUUCAUUUACUUACAUCAUCUUAUAGUAAUAAUUACGAACUCGUGUCAUAUCGAAUUGCGGCGACUAAAAUUUCAUCAAUAGAUCAUUGUUAUAACAGCGCAAUAUUAUACGCAAUCGGGAGAUGAAAGUUAGAAUCGCUAUCUCAUCAUUAUUAUUACUAUUGUCAUCAUUGUAAUAAAAUUGCGAGGUUACUAGUAUAUGGUUGCGAUAAAAUUAAUUAUUGUUGGUACUCCGUAUCUACCAUAAUACGGAAGAAUAUUGAGAUACUACGCGAUUUCGGCGAUAGGAAUAUUAAGAAAACAAAGUAUACUUUCACGGAGAAUACUCGCGAAAUUGUAAAUAUUGUAUACUCGUCAACAAAACUCAUGUAAGGGUGAGUUAUGUUCGAAAUCGUAAAUGAAAAAUUAAAUCCUUCCCGCGUACAACCGGUAAACGACGCGUAAAACGCAAUCAGCGUCCGAAAUAAGCACUCGUAAAUCUAAAAAAAAAAAAAAAAAUAUCUGAAUGUAGAAUGAUAAGUAUAUUUUUUUGCAGUGAAUCGUUACAGUAGGUACAGGUGCCUACCUAAUAUAAUUUUCUUGACCAAUGCAACGCGAUAUUAAAACUUAACGUCUAUUAUACAGGUGUUAAUGUAACAUUAUUGCCCCUACCUCGGUGUCUAUGUACACUGCAAUAUUUGGGAGUCUCAACAGUGGCUUCAUCGAAUUACGGUUUUUCAUUUAGUCAAUCCGCAACAGUCGGUAUAAUAUUUUGUUGCGAUUUUAUUGUAUUUUUAUAACGCGAACACGUUUUUGUGUUUUUAUUAAUUCUGCACAUUAUAAAAUUAUGGUGUCUACUACGUGAUAAUAACUCGCAAUAAUAAUUCGUUUUCAAAUUGUAUACCGCAGGUUGCUUGGAGUACACAUUGUUAAACAUUAUGCAGUUUUCAUCCACUGACGUUAUCGAUUUAUUAUUAUGCAUUUUAUUUGAAUUUUGAAUAUUUCAAUAUUGCGACGCUUCUACACAAAACAGGUAAACGUUACGCGGUAAGAGUUAUUCUAAUUUAUCACAUUUUAUUAACGUUAUGCAUUAAGAGAUCCGCAUACACAAUAGAUUUCGGUUCAACGGAUGCCACCAGCAAAGAAUUUAAAAUGUAUUCCGUCGAUCUUAGAUAGUAUUUCUAUACCGUCUAUAUGGUUCGAGAUUUUUAACACAAUAUUAUCACUUUAAACUCGUUCCAACUAAAAUUGUAUAAUAUCAAUUUGUAUAUUUUAUUGAAAUUGUAUAAAAAUGUAUUGACUUUUUUUUUUGCUGUGGCAUAAAGUUCUAUUGAACAAUUUGAAUAAUAUAAAAAAAAAUCUUUAAUAGGUAUUUACCUACAGUUAAAACGCAUUCCGUCCAAAACACAGUUAAUUUGUUCGAUCAAUUUCCACGCGUUCCAUUUAACUUUUGAUUCGACUUCUAAUAAUAUUCCGUACUAAUAUAUACCAUCACUGGCCGGGGACGCUAUUUCCCAUCAGAGCCUAAGCAAAUUAAUUAUAACGUGUAACACAUACUAUUAUUAUUGUUUUAAAUUGAUAAUAAUUUUGUUACUCUUCAAGGUUUAUACAAAAUCUUAAUACGUAGAAUAGUUUUCAAAUUGAUUGAGGACCUAACCGGAGUAAUAAAAAAAAAAGGCGUAAAUCGUAUUGUAAUAUUACACGUAAAAAAAUGACGUUGCCCAAGUUACCGAUAAAAUCGAAUUUGGACAAUUUCAGCUACGGAUUCAAAUCGAUUUUGGCGCAGGUAAAUAACAUAGAUCGAUUAGUUAUCACCGGAUUAGUCAAAUUUAUCUAUAGUUAUCUCGGAUAAAUUCCCGGAGACGAGAGAUAGUAUAGUUUUCGUGUAUGUAAUUUUCAUUUUCCCCUUUAGCUCUUAGCUCUAACGACCACAUAUCUUUUCAUUAUGAAAACUGGAGUUGACAUAAUGACACCAACAGUCAUCAUCGGGGCUGUGACCGACAAUCGCAAUACCGGUUACAAUCCUCUGUCCGACAUUUCGGAAGAACAAACGGCCUGGAUUGGUGAGCUGACAAACUUGUUAUUAUAUUACGCGAGGUAAAACGAUAAAAAAAGAAAGGGUCGAGAGAGUGUUUCGCAAAGAUCCCGUAGUCCUCUAAACGGUCCUUGAUAUUUUGUUCUCUAUCAUACAAAAAUACGAGUUUACUUUAAUUCAUAUAUGUACUCAUUAAUAUCCAUUGUACACGAAACCGUAGCAAAUCGUACAAAAACACACAUGAAGUCUCGAAACGGUGUUUACAGGAAGUAUGGUGUACUUAUUUCCGCCAGUAGGCAGCGUCGUGGCGUCGAUGGUGCAAGACCAUUUUGGAUCCAGACAGUGUAUGAUGCUGUCGAACGUUACGAACCUAGCGACGAUAGUGAUCUUGAUGUUCGCCGACACCCCGGAAUUUUUGUACAACAUCUCGGCCCUGAUCGGCUUCAACGUGGGCUUCGUCACCAGCAUCACAAUAUCCUACAGCAGCGAAGUGUGCGAGCCCAAGCUUCGCGGCGUCCUGACGUCGGUCAUCAAUCUGUCCUACUUUGCCGGUUACCUGUGCGUGACCAUGUUGUACGCUAUCACGGCCAACUGGAAACUGUCGGUGCUAAUCACCGUGGCCAUACCGGUAGCCAACGCCGUGCUCCUUUUCAAGGUGAGCACAGCCAGAGUUGAUAACACCGUAAUAUGACAUAAUGCAACGUAAUUUAUAAAAGUACAUGGAAUAGUCCUCUAGCUUUCAGCAACGGUUAGGUUAAUUUAUGGUAGAGCAUAACUAGAGAUGUAGAAUUUACAGGUAAAGAAUUAUAAAAUUUACGUAAAAUUAAAACAAAAAAAAAAUAGAACAUGAACAUUAGAUUUCCUUAUAAUAGUAGACUGCUUAUAAUAGUAAGAAAGUUUUAAACUACACAAGAUAAACGAAAAUAAAAAUUCAAUUUUAUUUGAAUCUGUUUCAUCACACAAAAUUAUGAUGACAGAAUGCCGAUUUUCAUGAAAUUUACUUAUUAAGGCAUCUGUCGUUUUGCCAUAAAAAUACACAAUAUGGCAAUAGUGGUUCUGGUCAGUAGAAUCUACCAAAUUUAAUUAUUUUUUAUUUAAUUAAUAGAGGAAAACAGACUCCACUGAACUUGGUUUUUCAAUAUUUUAUUCUCAACAUUUAUAAUGAGUCUUUUAAAAAUGUAAAUUUUAAGCUUUUUUUACCAUUUUAUUUUUCCAUUAUUUGAAAUCGGAAUUAAAAAAUCGAAGUUCAAUGCGAUCUGUAGAAUGUUGUUUUUUAUCAAUGAAAAAAUAAAUGUUUAUGAAAAUAUUGAAUUGAUAAUGAGUCAUCAUUAUUUCCGUGAAAUAAUUUUCGUCAGUAAAACGAUCCUACUAAUUCCCCCUAAAUGGGUACCACGUAGUAAAUCAUUUAGGAAAUACUAUUUUUAAGGUAAUAAUUGCAAUGUUAAAAAUAAUUUUUAAAUUUAACGUGAAUUUACAUUUACCCGUCAAAUUUACCCAGCUCACAUAUCUAGACGAAACUUAUAUGUCCUCUCGAAAGUUACAUCUUUCAGGGAAUACGGGCAUUACAUGCAGAUAGGAUUUGUUUAUCUAAAACUAAUAAAAAUUAUAUUAGAUUUGACACACGAGUGAAACGAUCCAAAAUUUUGAAUAGAGGUUAUUUAAAUUUAGUGUGAUUCAUAUUAAAUCUGUUUCAAAUUGCGUUGUUUAUCGUGGUGAUUGUUAGUUAUUUUUAUAUCAAUUUGACCUAACAGAAAAAUAUAUAAUUGUUUAAAUAAUAAAACCAUGAUUUAAAAAAAAAAAAAAAAAAAAAAAAAAAAAAAAAAAAAACGGUUUUAGACUCCAGAUUCGCCAAUGUGGUUGUUGUCCAAAGGUAGAAUAGAGGAGGCUAAACAGACGUUAAGAAAACUUCGAGGUGGCGCUAGUGAGGAAAAUUGUAUCAAGGAAUUUCAAGAUAUGGUUCACUAUACAUCUAAAAUGGACUUAAACGACCUCGAAACAGGUAACCGUAUUAUAUAUUGUAAUAAUAAUAAUAAUAAUUUAUUCACGGAAAUAAUCCAAUUCACAAAAUACGCAUUCAAAAUGUACAAAAGAGGUAUUUUAAUAAUAUAAAUAAUUUUAAUACAAUUUUUAAAUUUUUAAUAAAAAUAUAAAACAUAGUUGAACAAAUGUAAAAAUAAUUCAACUUAAUUCUGAUACAAAACAUAUUCUAAAAGAAACAAUCAAUUAUUAAUAUAGGUAUAUGAAGCUAAUUCUAAAAACAAUGUGUAAAAUAGAUCUAUAUUAUUAAAUUAAUUUGAUAUAGACAUCAUGGUAUUCCAAUAUGGCCAUUUUCAUACCAGCGAAAUCAAGCUCUCACGAUCAACGGGAUUUUUCGCGUGGGGCAUCAGGUCUCUGGUGCAAGCUAGUUAUGAUUACCGGUUUCGUUAAAUUUUGGCUUGUCCAAAAGUUAUCUUCGACUCUCUAAUAUAAAACACAUAAACCCAUGUAAAACUCGAUUUUAGAUUCUGAAUGGAGCGAAGAAGCUUAUGGUUUUACAAAGAUGUUAUUUAUUUAUUUUUUUUUGUGGACAAUAUUCCUACCAGAGAUCUUGCUUCGAUUUUUAAGUGUAGUUCCUUUUUUGAAAGUAAAUCGGACUAGGGAGGUUGAUUUUUCCCAGGCGUUUUCCUAAUAAAUUGGAAAAUCGGGAAAAUAGGUACAAUAAUAAAAAAAUAUCAUUAAAGAAAAUAUUUAAUACCUAUGCAAUUAUAUUACCAUUAUAUGGCAUAUAUAAUGUUGUUUUAUCAACAUUAUCAACUAAACUCCACUCAGAAUCGUUUUUUCGAGAGCAAUGGUUUAUCGUUACUUACAGAUAUACAUUCAAUUUCCUCUCUACUACCUUCCCAACUUCUCACCUACAACAGUGGCUAAGCCGGCUUUUUUUAAUGGGUAUAUUGUUAAAAUUAUUAUUGAAGUAAUCCAAUUUAACGGUUUGCCAAUAAUAAUAAUACAAAUCCUAAUAGCAUACUAUAUUGUUACUAAGGCAAUAAAUAUAUUCCUUCAUGUGCAUAAUGUUUAAUGCGUAAACAAAUGGUAAAAACGCAAAAAUUUAAGUCAGGACUAGGAAUCGAACCCGAGUCUGUGCAGAUCAGCCCAUGUAUUCCCUAUCGUCUGACACGCAUUAGCCGCCUCACUUCCUCUGACACAUUGAAUCCGUUGAUUUUAAUGGUAUCUAAGUAACUAAAUAUACAAUCGUAUCUGCAAAACAAUAAAAAUAGUAAAUAAUUUAUAAAUAUUAGAUUAUCAUGUUGAAUUUUAAUAAUUUGAACAAUAAAUUAAUAUUUCUGUUAUCAGAAAAAUAUGUUCAAUAACUAUUAAAAGGAUGCAUGCAUUUUUUGUUUUUGUACAGAAUGUAGAAACAUGCUUAUGCAGACUAUACAGGACUCGCUUAAUUUUGGUUCUAGAAUAAAAGCACCUAUUAUAAAAUUAAUAAAAAAAAAAAAAAACAAUAUUUCGGAAAACAAGACGUUGCAGUUUUAUGAAAAUUUAAUUUUUUUCAAAAUUUUUAGCGAAUUCAUAAAUAUUGAAAAAGUUGUCAUUUAUAAACGAUAAAAUGACUGUUUGAUUCUGAGAAAAUAAAAAAAAAGCAACGUCUUGUCCUUUAAAAUAUUGUUUUAUUUUAUUAUUUUUAUUAUUUUUAAGAAUAGUUCAGGAAUCAGGAUGAAUUUAGCAGAUUUUUCGUGUUAAAAACAUAAUUAUUCAUGUACAAUGUAUACGCAUAAAUUAAAUACUGAACAAAUAUUUUAUAUGGAAGGCGAAGCUACCAUAGGUAUGGAUCCAGAGCAAAGAUCUGGAUCCGUGGAGGAGGGGUGUCAACAAUUUUGUAUAACACAAAUACAAUUAAAAUACAAUAUAAUACAUUAUGUACAUUAUUUUCUUAUACAUAUCAGUGAUUGGAAUAUAGUAAUAUUAGAAUCUACAGAACUAUACAAAAAAAAAUCGGAUAAAUAAUAUUUCUGUGGCGGGCUGGGCCCCUAGGCACCUCCUUAAACUCACCCCUGAGCUCCCAUAAGUCUUCCUCGACCUACGGGUGUUGACUUUAUCGAAUUUGUUGAAUUUCAUGCAAUUUUAAAUUCUGAGUGGAGAAAGAAAUGUAUUGGUUUUACAAUGAUGUUUAAUUUCCCCGAGAACAACUUUUAUACCAGCAAUUUUUCUCAGAUUUAUAAUUAUAGCACUUAUCCUAAAGAGAAAUCUAACUGAACAGGCACUUAACGGAGGUUAUUUUUUGAUUUUUCCCAAUAAAUUGGAAAACCGGGAAAAACGGGAAAAUAAGUGCAAUAUUAAACAAAUAUUAUUAAAGAAAAUAUAUAAUGCAUAUGUAAUUAUUUUACUAUAAUAUAUUGUUGACAAAGCAACAUGAUUAACUGAACUCGCUCAGAAUCGAUUUUGCGUUAGAAAUGGUUAAUCAUAGAUAUACAUUAAAUUGUGCCACUUAUAACAGUGGCUGCACCCAUCCUCAUUAUCUUAAGAUAGCUUUUUUCUUUGUCACGGCUGUGAAUAAUUUCUAGACACGCCUAUGCCUUUGUUAUAUACAUAAUAAACGUCUAACAACUUACUAUAUCAACAGGAGACACAAAAACUGAAAAGUCAACUAUGAAAAACUCGUUUUACUAUUUAAUUGAACCCGAAACGCUGAAACCUUUGCAAAUGCUCGUGAUAAUAAUAUUUUUCACAACCCUGUUGUCCGGUAUACCGUUUAUUCCGUAUCUGAUGUCCGUGUUCGAUACUUUCGGAACGCCUAUCCAUCCGGCUUGGGCUAUGGUCAGUAUUAUGCAUUAUUUAAUAAUAGAAAAUGUCUACAAACCAAGUAUUACACUAAAAAAAAAAAAUAAGUUAUAUACUUAUUUUUUUUUUUAAUGUUUCACAGACGAUGCACAUGGCGUUCGGUGUCUCGGGCAACGUGCUGACUAUAUUUCUAAUAAACCGACUGGGAAAGAGAGUUUUGUCAUUGGCUACGAUGGCUACUUGUUCGGUUUGCUUCUUGUGCAUUGGAACCAUCGGAAAUUUCUGUCUGCCAUCGCCGAUGUACUCUUGGAUACAAGUCAUUUUGUUUUUCAUGUCAACGUUUUCCUCAUCGAUGGGUAUCAUGCCCAUAAUGUGGGUCCUCAUGGGUGAAGUGUACCCAAUGAAGUAAAUAAGAAUAACGUCUAGCUGUCUUUUCGUUACAUACGAAUUUUCUGGGUUUUUUUUUUUUUAGAACCAAAAAUAUCGGAGCCGGCGUCAGUACAGCUGUAUACUUUAUCGUGUGUUUCGUAAUGACCAAGCUGUACCGGAAUCUCGAGGUGUCCGCAGGUUUCUAUAACACGUUCGUUCUAUUCGGCGUGUCAGGACUAGUCGGCCUCACGUAUCUGUACUAUCAGCUACCUGAAACUGAAAACCGGACGUUAGAAGAGAUAUCCGAACAUUUCAAAAGGAAAAGUACAAAAAUCGAUAUCCAGACCGGCUGAUUCGAAUGCUAAUAACUUUGUCAAUAUUCAUUUUUUUUUUUCAAUCUGAUUUUGUGUGAGGGGGACACGCAUCUAGAGAAAAAUUAAAUUUUUAUUUUGAUAACUUACUCAUUAAAAAUAAUAACUUUUUAUUUUUCCACUUUUUAAAAUUUUUAAAGUAGCUAUUUUUUAAAAUAUUAUUCUAAAAAUCUUGAUAUAUCAUAUAUUCAUAUCCGAUCAAUAGUUUCAUCAAAAAUUUAAUUCUUCUCUAUAUAUGUGUCCCUCUUAAAACCAAAUUGAAAAAAUAAAUAACAUUUUACGACCCCCAUACAAGAUGAUAAAACAUAUUGUGCCCCCCCCCCAAAAAAAAGGAAAAAGUAUUUUGUUAUCUAUUAAUCGUUAUUUUAAUGCGGUUUACGUGCGUCAUAGUCGUAGGCCAUACCUAUUAGUUUUACAAUGAAAUAAUGUGCAAUAAAUGAUGACGAUCAGAGCAAGAACUUUUAUGCACUAAACAAUUUUCAAAUAUACAUUUAAAAAGUGGUAUCAAAAUAUUUAAAAUAUUCAAUUAAAUUUAUGCUAAAAAAAUGUAUAAAAUAUAAUUAUUACAAUUUCUAUAAAAUCCCGUUUUUUCUUGAAAUAUGUUUUUCGUACAAUACUUGUUAUUAAAAAUUAUGUUUAUCAACUAUAUUGUAAUCUAACCUAAUCAAAAAUGUCAUAAUAUAAACAAAUAUUAAGUAUUUUGAGUAUUUGAUCACAAACGUUAUGAAAUGUAUUGCACUAAGCAUCCGAUAAAGUUAACCAGAAAAAAUAUACAAAUGCAUGAAAGUUUUUGCUCUAGUGAUGAUAUUCUACCAAACACGUGUUACAUUAAUCUACUUUAAGAGUUUAUUUUUUAUAUUUAAUAACACGAAGUAAAACACGAGUAUAGAAAAAUAUUGUAUUUUUAAUCAAUAAAAUAUUUGUGUUAAGUUGCUUUAGCUUUUUAAGUUUAGAUAUAAGUGAAGACUGAACCAUAGUAUUAACAUCGUAUACUUAUCUAAGAAUUUUAUGUUUUCAAUAAAAAAAAUUGUUAAAUUCUCGUGAAUAUGUUUAAUACCCUCUAUAUAAUAUAUUAAAUAAUAAAAUAUAUAUCUUCACUGUGGACAAAUUGUGUUU